AUACUCUGAUGUGUGUGCAUUUUUCGCCAUUGAAGUGCAGUAAAUAUUCUAAAUGUAAAUCACCAGAUUUUAUCUUUCGACCAAUCCCUGUUACACAGGCGCCUCCCUCAAUCGCUGUAACCACAAGUUCCGUAGUUAAGCUACCGCCAGAUUUUACAUGACAAGUUAGCGCCAUUUGCCGUGAAGGAUCUGUUUGAGAUGUUGAGAAAACUCAUGACAAACAGAGCCAGCGGGUGAUGUAACAACUAUUGCAUAAUUGCACAUGCAUAGUGCAUAUUUUGUUUCGUUUUUAUCUGCGGACGAAACAAACAGUCAUAUUUACGUAGCGCAAUCGAGUUGCGCUGUGAAGAAAAGUUUUGAAUUCGUUAAAAAAGAACUCUGAUGAUGGUGAAAUUAUUUUUGAUUCGACUGUUCAUUCUUUUGGUUUUAGGGAUAGCAGGUGCUGUAUGUAUGAAAUGCAUUGAAUGCGAUUCUAGUGUGAAAUGUCCAGCGUUGCCCACUAAGGGUUGUGAAGUUGUACAGAGACAGUGUGCGUGCUGUAAGGAAUGCGCGCGCAAGAUUGGAGAAUAUUGUUCUUGGGCUACUGCAAGGUGUGCCUCUGGCUUGAUGUGUGUAAAUGAUGACCUAGAAGCACUCGUUAAUGUCCCGCGCUUUUUGACCUACUUUAAAGGGACAUGUCAAUUCGUAGUUAUCCCCCCUUUGGUAGUGGAGAACACAGAAGUGACUGAAAGAAGAAAUCGUAUCUAAUGUAUAUAUGCGGUGUCAUGGCGGAACGGUAGCGGGUCAAAAAAUCUGGCGUCAAAGGCUUAAUUAGUUUGUGAUAAGCGGUAUUUCAUGCGAGUCAGAAUGCAGCAUUUGUACAUGUAACUACUUGUGACCAAUCCGGAUUUCUCUAUUCGCAAAACUCAAUAUUAGACGUUUUGUACAAGAGCUUAAGAUAUGCGCCUUAAGGGAGACCAGGGGUCAUUAUUAGCCAAAUUUGAUUUCCUCCCAUACCUGGCAACUUCUAUGCACAGAGCUUAAGAGUGACUAACAACUUUACCGCUGUCACGUCUUACAUCAUCUUCGUGCGCCAUGAAAUUUAUAAACAAACUAAUUGUAAGUCAUUUUCCACGGGAGGAGCGCAUGAUGUAUGUUCAUAGAGCAUAUAAUCAAUUGCAUAUGAUGAAAUGUAAAAAUCAUAUCAAAUGUUCAAUAUAUAUGUACAUAUGCUAAUGUUAGCAUACUUAUGGUAUAAUGUGUGUUCUGUACAGCACUUAGUAAAUGGAUGUUCUACAUGUAUGUGGUGCAUUUAAUACAUGCCUGUAAAGCGUGUGGUUUUGUGCUAAUAAACUGAACUGAACAAGCGCA